CGGCAAGUACCACACCACAGCGACAAGUACCAUACCACAGCGACAAGUACCACACCACAGCGGCAAGUACCACCACAGCGACAGUACCACCACAGCGGCAAGUACCAUACCACAGCGACAAGUACCAUACCACAGCGGCAAGUACCACCACAGCGACAAGUACCACACCACAGCGGCAAGUACCACACCACAGCGACAAGUACCAUACCACAGCGGCAAGUACCACCACAGCGACAAGUACCACACCACAGCGCGACAAGUACCACACCACAGCGACAAGUACACACCACAGCGACCACCACAGCGACAACACCACAGCGGCAAGUACAACCACGCGACAAUACACCACACGAAGUACCAACCCGCAAUAACCACAGCGGAAGUCACACCACAGCGAACCACCAAGUACCACACCACAGCAAGUACCACACCACAGCGAAGUACACACCACAGCGGCAAGUACACACCACAGCGACAACGGCAAGUACCACACCACAGCGACAAGUACACACCACAGCGACAAGUACCACACCACAGCGACAAGUACCACCACGCGACCACAGCGGCAUACCACACCACAGCGGCAAGUACCACACCACAGCGGCAAGUACCACACAGCGGCAGUACCACACCACAGCGGCAGUACCACACCACAGCGGUACCACACAGCGGCAAGUACCACACCACAGCGAAAAGUACCACACCACAGCGGCAGACCACACCACAGCGAAGUACCACACACAGCGACAAGUACCACACCACAGCGGCGCGACAAGUACCACACCACAGCGGCAAGCAAUCACACCACAGCGGCAAGUACCACACCACAGCGGCAGUACCAUACCACAGCGGCAAGUACCACACCACAGCGGCAAGUACCAUACCACAGCGGCACCACACCACAGCGGAAGUACCAUACCACAGCGGCAGUACCAUACCACAGCGGCAAGUACCACACCACAGCGCGGACAAGUACCACACCACAGCGGCAAGUACCAACCACAGCGGCAAGUACGACACCACAGAGCAAGUACCACACCACAGCGGCAAGUACCACACCACAGCGGCAGUACCAUACCAGCGGCAGUACCACACCAGCGGCAAGUACCAUACCACAGCGGCAAGUACCACACCACAGCGGCAAGUACCACACCACAGCGACAAGUGCACUACACCAAGCAAAGUACUAUACCACCACCACGCCCCAGGUGCCUCAAACUACCACGCCAAAUUACUCCUGACCAUGUGA